AUGAAGGGGGCCCCCCGUCUGCCUCACAUCUUCAUUCUUUGUCUCUUUACCUUACCUUCGGUGCUAGGGGCCCCCUGUAUUAUACGUCAUCAAAAAGGGGGCCCUCCAGGGGCCCCCUUCCCUCUGUACCCAUCUGGGGGCCCCCCAGGGUCCCCCAGAUGGGUGCGGAGUUGUAAGCGCCUCUCCUUUCUGCACAGAACAGUGUUAGAGGCCCCUGUAAACCCCCCCUUAUCUGCUACUUGGGGCCCCCCCUUAUCUUCAGGGGGCCCCCUACUAGGUAGCGGGGGCCCCUUAGUAGCUUCAGGGGCCCCCCUAUUAGCUUCGGGGGGCCCCCUUUUGGGUCCUGGGGGCCCCCAUUCUUCUUCUAUCUAUGAAAGAGGUACUCAGAAGCCUGUUGAUUUUAAGGGGCCCCUCAACCGCCCGGCAUUAAAGAGGGAGGGCCCCCGUCUUGGGGGGCCCCAUACAUACAAAAACAAUUCUUCUCAGACUCCUUAUGAAAAGAAACGCAGCUGGGGCCCCCAGCCUAGGGCUAGCAGGGAGGGGCCCCCAGGGGCCCCGGGGGCCCCGGGGGCCUUGGGGCCCCCAGGGGCCCCGACGAGAAGGGGGGCCCCUAUCCGUCAGGGGCCCCCCAGGGAGAUUGCUGCAGCUGUUAGGCCCCACCCGCAGGGGGCCCCUUCUUUUGAGAGGAUACAGGAGGCCCCACAGACAGCAAAGGGGGCCCCCUCUGCCUUCUUCUCUCCUCAAAGGGGGGCCCCCCAUGGUGUUCUAGGGCCCCCAGCCAGCAGCUUCAACCGCGACUGGCCUCCUGCAGCAGCAGCAGCAGCAGAAGCAGCAGCAGAACCAGCAGCAGCAGCAGCAAAACGACGAGCAGCAGGGGCUCCUUCCCCAUCAGCAGCAACAGCAGCAGCAACAGCAGCAUCUUCCUUCCCUCAGAUUCGAGGUAGAUACCCUCUUGUGUCUUCACUGCCUGGCAGACCUCGCCCCCCUGAAGAGGAAGUGAGGGCCCCCAUCGGGGACCCCUCAGGAGAACCCUUGGGGGCCCCCCUGGGGGCCCCCCCGGCGAAGCCUCUCAGAUCAGUGCAGCAGCUUCAGGAGGGCCUGAUUGUCUCCGCUGCAUGCAUUCGUGUUUGGGCUCGCUGCGCUCUGCUGCAGCUGCAGCUGCCGCCUUCUUCUGAGGUACGGGGCCCUAGGGGGGCCCUGGGGGGCCCCCCAGGGGGGCCCCCAGGGACCGAUGGGGGGCCUCGGGGGGCCCCCAUGGGGUUUCUUCACGUGUCGGGCCUCAGAAGGAAGGGGAUGGCCCUUCCUCCAGCUGAGCUGAGAGGCAUUGAUCUCACAACAAUGUUGACUGUGGGGGCCUCCUGCACGGUGGAGCUUCUAAAGGCACCAUCAGCAGCAACUUUGAACAGGUGGCAGUUAGCGCUGCAUUUGGCUGAGACCGAGCAGGGGGCCCCUAGGGGGGCCCCCCAAGAGGCCCCUAGGGGGCCCCGACUAGGGGCCCCUAGGGGGCUUCCUCUAGAGGUUUAUAAGGGAAAGCGUGAGGAGUCAGGUGAAGAAGCGUUUGGGGGGGCCCCCGGGGGGCCCCCUAAGGGAACAUUUGGUGUCGAUGCUUUAACUGAAGAGGAGUAUCUAUUAGAGGAGGGGGCCCCCCUGGAGGGAGACAGUCAUCAGGGCCCCUUUGAGGGUACAGGAGAAGAGGGUGGGGUUGUUGUUAUUGAGGGUUUAGGGGGUAGUAGGCGUCGACAGCGCCCCACAGUGAGGGGCCCCAAGGGGCCCCGCAGCAGGAGGGGGCCCCCUACCCGCUGUGGAGCUCGUGAAAGAGACAGGGAAGAAGAAGAAGGGCUUCUAAGUGAAGAUACACCUGGUGAAGACUUAGCAAGCCUCGAUAUAUUUAGAGACGCCUCUUUACCUCUGCAGCCCCACGACCGCACAAACCACAGCAAACAUAAGGGCCCCCCCCAGCUGCUGCAGCAGGACACGCCAACAGCAGCAGCAGCAGCAGCAGCAGUAGCAGCAGCGGAAGCAGAAGGGACAGCAGCAUCCGCAGCAGCAGCAGCUGCUGCAGGUGCUCCUUCGUCUCAGGCUGUCUCUUUGAGGGCCCCUAGAGUGUCUCCUGGUGCAGCAGUGAGGGUGAGGGUACUGCCAGCCGUUAAGGGUAAGGGGGCCCCUAAGCGGGGCCCCCCUCCUCCCCCAGAGGUGCUGCAGCCUCGACCCGCAGUAAUAACGCUUCUGGGCCAUGUGGACCAUGGUAAGACAACCUUACUUGCUGCACUGAAGCUAAUAAGUCAGCAGCAGGAGACACUGCAGCAGGGGGCCCCUACUCACGCAAGGGACCCUAAGGGGGCCCCCAAACGCUCUAGGGAGGGGGCCCCCCUAUCAACCUCUAAGGGGGGGGCCCCCUCAACCUCUGCAGGGGGGGCCCUCUCAAGGUCUAAGGGGGGGGCCCCCUUUAUUGUGAAGGAGGCUGGAGGUAUAACCCAGCGAAUUGGAUGCUUUCAGGUGUUGCUGCCUGCAUCGGUUGCAGCUUCAGUCCCCAGUCUAACAUUCUUAGAUACCCCUGGUCACGGGGCUUUCUCCUCCAUGCGUCUGAGAGCAGCACAAGCAGCAGAUGUUGUGCUGCUGGUUGUUGCUGCUAAUGAAGGAGUGCAGCAAGAAACAAAACACUCUAUUCGCGCGUGCAAGGAGCUCGGGUUGCCGGUAGUUGUAGUCAUAACGAAGACAGAUUUAGUGGGGGCCCCUGGGGGGCCCCCGGGGGGGCCCCCUCGGGGGGCCCCCCUGACGGGUAGCGACUUCCUUGGUGGGGUUGAGGGUUCGAAGAUUUUAUCAGAGUUAGCAGCUGAGGGUUUGCUGACAGAGCCAUUAGGGGGCCCCGUGCAAGUGGUAGCGGUGCAUGCAAAGGGUUACCUCGAAGCGCUUAGGGGCCCCCAGGGGCCCCCUGACGCCCCUCUAGGGGCCCCUGGGGGGGCCCCUGGAAGGUCCGUUGAGGGGUCCCCUGGCGGGGCCCCUGGAGAGGCCCCUGGGGGGGCCCCUGAGGGGGCCCCUGGGGGGCCCCCUGAGGAGGUAUACGGCAUGCAGCAGCUUUUGGAGUGUAUAGCGCUGCAGGCGGAGGAAAUGGGUCUAGAGGCAUCAUCGGAUACACCCGGAAAGGGUGUUGUCUUAGAGACAUCUUGUAGCAAGACAGCCGGGGGCAGUGCUGUUGUCCUUAUCAAAGAAGGCACUAUCAAAGUUAGGAGUCUGAGGCAAGCUGAGAGUGUUAGAGGGGGCCCCCAGGGGGGGCCCCAGGGGGGGCCCCGGGGGGCCCCUGAGCCUCCGCUUCUUGCUGCUGCGGUGUCGCAAGCAGCAGAAGUUUUGGGCUUUGAUGCAAACAAUCUGCCUCCCUUAGGAGAGGAGAUAAGGGUUGUAGGGUCUGAGGAAGAGGCAAAGAGGGAACGAGAGCAACGGCUGAGGGAUUCAAGUGAUGCAGACGCAGCAGCAGCUGCUGCUGCUGCUCGGCAGCGGGCGUUGGCGGCGCUAGAGAAGGACGAUUCUCUCGAGGAGACAAUUUUACCCGUCACGGUGCGCGCUGGUUCCCAAGGUCCUGCUGCUGCACUUGCUGCUGCUCUAGAGGGUCUAUCAGCAUACCGUACGACUACUGGGGGCCCCUGGAAGCUGUACCCUUCGGAGCUUCUAUCUUCUGAGGGGCCCCCAAGGGCUUCCCCCCUAGGGGCCCCCCAUUCAGGGGCCCCCCCAUCAGGGGGCCCCCAUUCAGGGGGGCCCCCUCAACGGGAGCAUUUAGGAGGAGACAGUGGGUCGGGGCUUGGAGAGGAGACAGGCGAAGUAGAAGGAGACACCUCAAUGAAGCAGCAGCAGAGGGAGCUACGACGGGUGAUGGUUGUUAAGGCAGCAGCAGGAGAGUGCAGCACACAAGAUGUGCUAAGCAGCUUAAAUAAAGACAAAGAAGGAGGGGUUUUAGUGGCAUUUGCAACAAAAAUAACUAAAGAUAUCAAGCGAGCAGCAGAGACAGCUGGCGUGCAGCUCGUUUGCUGCGACGUUAUCUACGACGCCCUGCAUGCAGUGCAGCAGCGGCUGCUGUCUCCGCAGCUAUUUGAAGCCCCAGGGGCCCCAUCAGGGGGCCCCCCAGGGGCCCCCAGCACUCAGGGGGGGCCCUGUGGGGCCCAGGCGACUGUUAAACAGUUGUUUCCGCUCUCGAAUGGUUUCGUUUGGGUGGAGGCUUGCAAGUUCUAG